AUGAAUGGCAAAAUGGCCUCCAAAGAUCCACACUUCACGAAUUCGCUAGAGCCAGGGCAGACCAGCUCGGAUUAUAGCUUUCGCGGUCUGAAGGAGCUCAUGCAGAUGUAUGGACUCGCAGUUUGGAACGACGAAAACAUGGCAAAGGCGCAUCAAAUCAUUAAUGGAAUCCAAUCACAACAUACCGGUACUCAAACAUCUGAAGGAGACCUCAUCGCGAACCAUGGCCAGGUCUCGGAUUAUGCUAUGAUACGCGAUCAAGGCUUCAGUGGGAAAAAGGACUUCAUGGAGUCUCAUGGCCUCAGGCUUUACAAUGAUGAGGAUGUUCAAAUGGCACAUCAGAUUAUCGAUAUGAUGCGAGAGUUUGAUGAGGAGUUUGGCGAUCUGCCACCCUUGAUUGAAGAGGAAGAAUUCGAUGAAGGUGUUGAUCAUGAACGGCGCUUGCGAAGAAUUGGAGGGGGAAAGGAGAUGGAGAGGAGUUUUGUGGAUACCAGUAUCGGUAGUACAAGUUUGGAUGCCCCGAAGGAGGAGGUUCUGCUCGAUGAUAAUCCGGUAGGUCAUGUACGAGAAGGCUUGGAGGGCGAUGGUAUCGGUCGUGGUCUUGAAAACUUGAGGGAUGUUGAGGAAGGUUCAAAUACCCUGGAUCUUGAGGAUGAAGAGGGCGACAAUGGUGACAAUUUUGAUGACCAUCAUGGAGGUGAUAAUGAUUAUGGUGGAGCUGAUGAUGAUGGGUAUGAUUAUGGUGGUGAUGAUGAUGAUGAUGAUGGUGAUGAUGAUGAUGGACUUAAUUCGGAUAAAAUUAAGGAGCAGUCUUUCUACGAUGAUUGGCUCAAACGAAAUGAGUUCGCAAAUCUGGAUGACUUUGGGACAUUGAACUUGGCAAAAUCGGAGGAUGAGGCCGCGGAGUCGGAAUCAAGCUGGAUGGAAAGUUAUUGGGAUGCUUGGAAGCAGAUGCUUGUAAAUAGGAUUCCUGAUCGAGAUCCUAUUCAGAUAGCCAAAUUUCUUGCCAGCAAACCUACUCCUACUCAAAAAAACACCACGGAGACGAAAAUGCAUAAUAAUUAUGCGUGGUUCAAAAAAUAUGGUUACAAAAGCUUGAGGGACUUUGCGAGGGAUUUCGGCCUUUCAAUCAACGAUUCACAGGAAAACGAGGAGGCAAGGAAAAUUCUCAAAUAUCUUCAGGAUCAAAAGGGGGCAGAUGCAUAUCUUGAAACGUGGCUUAAGCAACAUCAUUUCGAGGACUGGAGAACAUUUGUGAAUGUCGGAUGGAAUCUAUAUAACAAAUUCGACGACAAACUUGCAAACGAUAUGAUGGAGACUGUGAGAAGGUUCGAGGAUAUGAAGCGGUUCUGGUGGGAAAGUUGUGAGAUUGAAGACGAACAGGGGCGUUUCGAGCUCUAUAAAUAUACGGAAGCAGAAAUAAAAGAUUUCAAGGCUAAAAAGGCCGAAGGGAAUCGCGAAUCUUCACAAGUAUUCGUGAAUAAACGACAACCGGAGGAAUCUGCUACUCAAGAGGACAUUCUGGAACUAAGUCUUGUCCAUUAG